AUGGGAGAAACUCGACGGCGAGAACGCGGUAACAACGGCAACCACAGAUAUAAUAACAGUGGCAAACGUUGGACAGAUAGUCUACACUCAGUCUUCGCCAACAACCUCAACAAACGACUCUCAUGGAAUGCCAUUAGAGGCGCGUUUGAGGAGUGUGGGAGGGUAGUGGACGUCCAUAUUCCAAGAAGAAUCCUACAUGACAAAAAUAGAGACACAAACUUAGCUUUUAUCCGGUACCGGGACAAAAGCGAAAUGGAGAGAGCUCUAAAAUGGGGCAACCAUCAAUGGAUCGACGGUCGAAGGGUUGGAGUCAGGAGAGCGGAACCGUGGAGACCAAAUAGCAACAAAGAAAUAAAGGGUAGUAUGGUUAAAGGCUCACUGGCUCAGGGUGCAAACCAGAAAAAAUUGGAUGGAAGGUCAAAUCGUGAUGUGGUGAUAGAAGGCAGGGUCAACGAUCAAGGGUCUAAAGGAGCUACGACAAAGCAGAUGAUGGCAGCUAGACAAAUAUGCAAAGAGUUCCCAGGGGUGAAAUAG